AUGGCAUUUGAUCGCUAUCUUGCCAUCUGCCAGCCUCUCCAUUACCCCACUCUUAUGACUGGACGUCUCUGCUCCAAUCUUGUGGUCAGCUGCUGGGUACUUGGUUUCCUCUGGUUCCCAGUCCCUAUCAUCAUAAUUUCCCAGAUGUCCUUCUGUGGAUCCAGGAUUAUUGACCACUUCCUGUGUGACCCAGGUCCUCUAUUAGCGCUCACGUGUACCAGAACCCCAGUAAUGGAGGUUUUUUGGGCAAUCAUAAGUUCUCUGCUCUUAUUUAUUCCUUUUCUUUGCAUCAUGAGUUCCUAUGCUCUGGUCCUGAGAGCUGUGUUGAGGGUCCCUUCAGCAGCUGGACGAAGAAAGGCCUUCUCCACCUGUGGGUCUCAUUUGGCUGUGGUUUCCCUUUUCUAUGGCUCAGUGAUGGUCAUGUAUCUGAGCCCAACAUCUGAGCAUGAAGCUGGAAUGCAGAAGCUUGUGACUCUGUUUUAUUCUGUAGGAACCCCACUCAUUAAUCCUCUGAUCUACAGUCUUAGGAACAAAGAUAUGAAACUUGCCUUGCAGAACCUCAUUUUGCAGAUGAAGAAUCUGGAGAAUGGAAAUUUUGAAUAA